AUGCUCCUCCUCCUCCUCACAAAAAGAAGGCCGCGGAGAAUAGCAGCCGCGCCUCCCUGCACCGGUCCUUCCUGCACCACGUGGUACACCGGCCCUAGCGGCCCCUCGCCGGUCUACAUAAACCGUCUCCACGCAGCCUCCCUUCCCCACCACCUUCCCCCACCUCCUUCCCCGUGUCAAAACCUCCGAGUGCCGGCGACGGAGAGAGAGGAAAGGCGAUGGAGGGCGUGAUGGGCUCGGCGGUGGGGCCCCACUUCAGCGGGCUCCGCCUCGACUCGCGCCGCCUCUCCUCCUCCUCGCUCCCGUCCUCCCCGUCCUCCGCCAACGGCAACGGCGCAGCCGACGCGGCGGCCAAAGGGCUCGCGUCCCCAAGGGCGGACGGGACCAGGCAGCCCUUCGUGAUAGGCGUGUCGGGAGGGACGGCGUCGGGGAAGACGACCGUGUGCGACAUGAUCAUCCAGCAGCUGCAUGACCACCGCGUUGUGCUCGUUAACCAGGAUUCUUUUUACCGUGGUUUAACUGAGGAACAGUCUGAGCAUCUGCAAGAUUACAACUUUGAUCACCCUGAUGCUUUUGAUACAGAUCAACUUCUGGAGUGCAUGGGAAAGCUAAAAAGUGGGCAAUCUGUGAAUAUCCCUAUAUAUGAUUUUAAGAACCACCGACGAUGCUCAGAAAGCUUUAGAAAGGUCAAUGCAUCAGACGUCAUCAUUUUGGAGGGCAUUUUAGUUUUCCAUGAUCAAAGGGUUCGUGAUUUGAUGGACAUGAAAAUUUUUGUUGACACAGAUGCUGAUAUUAGGCUUGCGCGACGUAUAAGGCGUGAUACAGUUGACAGAGGUAGAGAUGUUACCUCGGUGCUUGAGCAGUACGGGAGGUUUGUAAAGCCUGCAUUCGAUGAUUUUGUCCUACCUUCCAAGAAAUAUGCUGAUGUGAUCAUACCAAGAGGGGGAGAUAAUCAUGUUGCAAUUGAUUUAAUUGUGCAACAUAUUCAUACAAAACUUGGUCAGCAUGACUUGUGCAAAAUUUACCCAAAUGUCUAUGUAGUUCACACAACUUUCCAGAUACGCGGAAUGCACACUCUCAUUCGUGACAGGAACAUUACUACACCUGACUUUGUUUUCUACUCAGAUCGGCUGAUUCGUCUGGUAGUUGAGCAUGGUCUGGGGCAUUUACCAUUUACAGAGAAGCAGGUUGUUACACCAACAGGAUCCAUUUAUAUGGGAGUUGACUUUUGCAAGAAGCUUUGUGGAGUGUCUAUUGUUCGAAGUGGUGAAAGCAUGGAGAAUGCUUUGCGUGCUUGUUGUAAGGGGAUAAAAAUUGGUAAAAUUUUGAUACAUCGGGUUGGAGACAAUGGACAACAACUCAUAUACCAUAAGUUGCCCAUGGAUAUCGCUGAACGUCAUGUUUUGCUUUUGGAUCCUGUGCUUGGUACAGGUAAUUCGGCUAAUCAAGCUAUCGAACUUCUUAUAAGGAAAGGAGUUCCUGAGGACCGGAUAAUAUUUCUUAAUCUCAUCUCAGUCCCUGAAGGAGUUCAUUGUGUGUGCAAGCGAUUCCCUCGUUUGAAGAUUGUAACCUCAGAGAUUGAUGUUGGGUUGAACGAGGAAUAUCGGGUCAUCCCGGGACUGGGAGAGUAUGGCGAUCGCUACUUCGGCACAGACUAAUUGUUGAUUGAUACUGCUGUCGCUGGCAGUGUGAAAAGACACUCAAGUUAGAGCUGACACUACCAUGACAGAUAUACUGGGUGUUUGGUUGGUUAUGGUAUACUGUAAGCAAGCGUGGAAAGGUUUAUGGGAGGUACAUGAAAUCAUGUGGCUUGUCCAUUAUCAUAUGACUUGGCGUACUGUUGCUGUUCCUGGUAAGUGAUAAACAGAUUUGGGUGUCGAAUUUUGAAGCUCCUGGCGGAUGACUUGCUCCUCGUCGGUUACAGUUAUAGCCUGUGAAAAUGCAUGACUAAACCCAGUUUCAGGGCCCAUGCGAUCUCAGCUGUGAUUGAACUGAGUAUCCAAUGAAACUCAAAGAUAGUAGCAAGAUAAAUGGUCUACGAUUGCACAGUAUUGUGUUCUACCAUAUGCAGUAUAGUUUGCAUCUCCAGUUGUUCUUUAAUUUGAUGUGCAUUGGUGCAGUUGAGUUCUAUUAUAUGCUGCACCUUUUCAUCUUGGAAAACUUAACUAGUGGCACGAGCAUAAGAACUUUUCUUUUUCCUUUUUGGUUCCUGGUUGUCGUGUUCUAUCA